CUUACCGCCUCUUGCUGUACAGCUUGCCCUACAGUGACUACCGGUCCGUCACAAAAAUCGGCGCUUAAAUUCCAUCCGGCAAGUUUGGAUAAUCAAAAUAACAUUCCCAAACCAACUCAACUAAUUUUACAAUUGCUUGCACAACCGGCUUGCCCUUGAAGGAGUUAUUUAAAGUUAUAACCCUUGCUUCUGAAACGCCUAUGCCGUACUGAGCCUAGCGCAAUACGUUGCGUUGAUUAGAAAGUAUUACUAUGCAAUGUAUAAGCGAUCAAACGUAAGGCUACAAGAUUACGCAAAUAUUACCAUACUAGGCAGCAGCUACGAGCCAUGCAAUCGAUCGAACGAGAAAACUAUGCUCAUCGAAAUAUCCAUUAAUUCAAUCUCCGUGUGCGAGCUCUUUCACCAUGUCUCAGCCCGAGACGUAUAGUUAUUCUCCGCUUUCCCCGGGCGCUAAGAAUAUUCGCUUGCUUCGGCUACUGCCAUAUAGAAACGAGAGUGGAGAGAGGACCAAAUUACAAUGCGAGCUUCUCGAAUACUCUCUACAGGAUCUGGGAAAACGGACUCAUCUAUACGAAGCUUUAUCCUACACAUGGGGCGGGCAGGAAAAGCCCUGUUCUAUCACUAUCAACGAGAAAAACUUGAAUGUUACCACAAACCUCUAUGCAGCGCUAUUGCAUCUUCGAUAUCACUCUUUGGAACGAAUACUAUGGAUAGAUGCUAUUUGCAUUAACCAAACAGACCCGGAGGAGCGAGGCCAACAAGUUCAGCUUAUGGCAAUGAUCUAUAGCAAAGCACAUCGUGUACUUGUUUGGUUGGGGGAGACGGCAGAUGAUAUAGAGGGAGCACUCGAAGAUAUACAACGUGCUGCUAAUGAGGAGUCUACCGAGGUCUCGAACAAGAAAAUCAACGAGAAAGCAAUCUCCAACCUACUUCAACGGCAAUGGUUUCAGCGUAUUUGGGUCCUUCAAGAGGUUGCUGCAGCUCGACAUGUCGUAAUGAUGUGUGGUUCCACGGAGAUUGACGGAUAUGCCUUCUGCCUAGGACUGAAAUCAUUGCGAAAAUCACAAGAGCUCUCCGAUACAGCUUUUCCUAGAUUGCAGAGUCUCCCUGCCUUAACCAACCUAAUAGAACGAGCUGGCCUCCGACCUAAAUAUACAACAAAUUCGUCAGAGAGGUACUCCCUAGAGAUACGUUCUUUAGCCGAGCUGGUAGACAUGUUCCAUACCCGCCAAGCUUCUGAUCCCCGCGAUAAGGUAUAUGCUUUACUUGGUAUGAGCUCCGACGAUCCUAGUAAAGCUGGUUUGCAGCCGAAUUAUGAGAUUUCCUGGGAAGUUCUAUUUCAGCAACUUGUCAAGUUCAUCCUUGGCAAAGAUACACUCGUGGAGGCUUUUUGCCGAAAGCCGGCGAUUAAGAGCAAGGGCUGCAUUCUUGGCCAGGUGUCCUCAGUUGAAAGCGAUCAUGGACAGAGCGUGAAUAUUGCAUUAAUAAAUGCAGCUUGGCCCUUGAGGAAAUGGUCUCUUCAAGCGUCAGCGAAAUCUGUCCGAAAGGGCGAUAUCGUCUGUCUUCUGAAAGGAGCUUCAAAGCCUACAAUCAUUAGGCUGUGCGGGGAUUACUUUGCCGUGGUUGUAAUUGCAGCCAUUGCUCUCAAUGGGAGGGGAAGUACUGGACAGCCAAAACUUUCAAAAUCAACACUACAUUUCUCGCGUGACCUCCUACUUGUUUGGGACUGGGAAGAUCAUUUAGAAGACACGCAAGAACAAGGAAAAAAUGAAAACUGGACAAAGAUUAGUCAAGUACCAGAGGAUUUAAAAGCAGAGCUCGGAGAUCAUUUGGACGAGGUGACAAGAAUAUGGAAUGUUGCACUAGUUUUAGGAGACUUGAAAGAGUAUGGAAAGGCAGAAGAGAGGCUUCGAGAAGCAAUAAAGGGCUAUGAGAUAGCAAAUGGGGAAGAGCAUCUGCAUGUACUAAAAGGCCAAUACGGUGUAACACCACUGUCUUGGGUCGCACGGAAUGGGUGUAAUGCGGCAGUAAAGCUGCUACUUGCGAAGAAUAGUAUUGAUCCAGACCUGCAAGAUAGUCAAUAUUGUCGGACACCGCUAUCGUGGGCGGCUGGGGGAGGGCACGCAGCCGUAGUCAAGCUACUGCUCGAGACAGACAAGGUCGAGGUCGACUCCAAAGACAAUGACGGUUGGACACCUCUCUCGUGGGCAGUUAAAGGAGGGCACGAAGCUAUAAUUAGACUCCUACUCGAGAGAAGCAAGGUUGAGGUCAACUUUAAGGAUAAUAAUAAUCGGAUACUGUUCUGGUGGGCGGCUAAGGGAGGGGACGAAGCUGUAGUUAAACUCUUACUCGAGACAAGCAAGGUUGAGGUCGACUUCAAAGACAAUAACGGUUGGACAGCACUCCAACAGGCAGCAAAAGGAGGUCACCUCGCCGUCGUAGAGCGACUGCUCCAAGAGAAGGCCGAAGUCAAUGCAGCAGGAGCAGCAGAUUAUAACGGAAGAACAGCACUCCAAGCAGCAGCAGAAGGAGGCCACCUCGCUGUCGUGAAAUGCCUUCGUGACGCAGGCGCUGUGUAA